AUGUCUCAAUCGAUGGGUCAGCGCUCAUUUUUCAAAGAUGUUCAGCAACUCUAUCGCAAAAUUGACACCUCAACUGACGGUCAAGCCUCCAUAGUGUCCGUGAAUGAAUUGUCAGUGAUUGUGUCGUUGAAUCCGAAAUUUGGUCUCAAUGCACACGCCUCGUUUAUUGUCAAAAUUGAUUGCCCAAUGUCCUAUCCAAAAGCCAGUCCUGAAGUCCACUUUAUUACGCCAAUCUUUCAUCCCAAUGUCUACCUUGGUGAUGGUAGAGUUUGCUUAAGUCUUCUCAUUGAAUGGCAUAGCUUUUACAGUCUGUUGGAUGUGAUCAAGGCCCUCAUCUACGUCAUUGAACAUCCAAAUUUUCAAUUACCAAACAACGACUUUGCAUCUGAUGAGAAGCUGUUUGACAAAAAGACAUUGCGGCUGCUGGCAGGCCUGCGUGUAAAUGGGAGGCGGUUCGCACCUAACCAAGCCUGGUGUGAGUGGGCAGAGGCCAAUGGAUGCCUGCCUGUUGAUGACGAAGAGCUUGAAGACAAUUUGGAUGACGACGGAGGCGCAGUGCAUGUGGAGGCUCAAGAGGAGCCGAAUAAACGCAUUGAGUCUCUACCUGGCGUUGAUACUUACACACAUGAUGCAAUUAUUUGCACCUGUCUGCAGGUUGAGGAAGAUGCGAACACCUCGGAUGCUUCCUCUGACACAGUUCCAUCUUUCGAUAAGCCUCGACUCUCUGUCGAUUCUCGAAGUGGCAAGUUCUCGGAGACAUACUAUGUGCAGGACUACUAUUGCAUCUACUUCAAAACCCAGCGCAUUCUCAUUGGUCACCCAAGUGUGAACAAUGAACCUUCACCUCCCUCGGUAUUCUACUACAGCGAGCUCCUUGGUAGCCCCGAUCGUCGAGGUGAACUGGGUGAUCUCUACAACACUCUGUUUGCUGGCGACGUUUUGCUCGACAUGCAGGUCCAUCCCGAUUCCAGACAAACCUCCUCUCUUUGUCCUUGGUACUUUUACCACAAUUCUUACCCCUCCUCCUGGGCCACGGAUUCGGUCUUCAAUCAGACCAAUCUGUUUACAUCCCCGGACGCACCGAGGCUUUCGUUGACUGCGGACUUUUGUCCGUGGUCAGUGCUGGAUGGACUGGGUACUCAAGACCUUCUUGGUUUGUUGUAUAGUGAAAAAGGAACCGGUUCUCGUGAAAGCGAUUUUUCUCUUGGUGCCGACGAUGAUGGUGAAAAUCUGGCCCGGAUCUACAAUGAAAGCCCUCCAAUGGGAGGCGACAGCUUUUUCGAUGCAGAACUAGAAUAUUCACCUCAAAUUGACGAUGAAGCUUUCUCGCUGAUUUCGUCGGUAACGUUUUACCGUACACCAUCCAAAUCUCGAUUUCCCCGGUACUCCUGGAGAUGUUCUAAUGAUUUCAAUGAAGCCGCCGUAUCAAUGAAUGUUAAGUUGCUUCCACGGUGGCAUUGGAUGUUUCGUCAGACAAGAUGGCCUAUUCGAUUUGCUCCACAACAGAAUAUCGAGCUGUCCAUGAAUGGAAUCAGAAUCCCGUCUUGGCGAGCGAGUGCCGGACGACUGCUGUCGGAUGUCAGUAGAUUUUGUUCUGCACACCGUGAGGUCAAGAACCUUGUUCUUCUUGAUCCCAUGGCUUUGUCACCGCUGUCGCCACUGCUCAAUCUGAUGCGGCACUCCGUGGAACCAAAGGCUCACCUGACUGGUAUUCUGUGGAUGACCCCAAUUGAAGCCAUUUCCCCCUUCUACCGCGUUCCCAUUCCUCGUCAAGAUGAGGACGCGGAGGGAGAGUUGGAUGAGCACGUCUAUCCGCAACCAGGAUAUCUGCGAUUCCUCACUGUGACCGCCUUUGUGUCCAAUUGGUUGACUUGGUUUUCUCGAAUCGAGACAUACUCGUCUUUGGGCAUAACGCGUCACGAGCCAUGCCUAAUGUGUGAGUCCAUGUCGGGAUUUGUGUUGCAGCCUUGGAGUUUGGGAUGCGGACAGUCGCCACUUAUUGAUUUGUGG